UAACCUUAUUCGCACACUGGUGGGACUGUGGAUAACAACAACCCUCCUGCCUGCUGUAAACAAACUGCGUCUAGGUGUCUUUCAAUGUCAAACUUUCAAGCAAUUUGACGAUUUCUUCUCUUUCAAGAUUGUUUUCAACCUUUUGAAAUUCUCUCUUUGUUGAAAAUGGAAAACAGUGAAAGUGGAGAUGAUUUGGGAGCAGGCUUCUUGACAGGAGACUCACAUUAUUUAGUUCAAGACGAUUUAGAAGAUGAUGAUCCUGAUGCUGUUUUGACUGCAGAAAAUACAGAUGAUUCAAACCACGAUGAUGGAGAAAAAAGUGGGUUACCGCUACGAGAACAAGACCGUUUUUUACCUAUUGCAAAUGUUGCAAAAAUUAUGAAGAAAGCCAUACCAGAGUCAGGAAAAGUAAAGAUUGCAAAAGAUGCUAGAGAAUGUGUCCAGGAGUGUGUAUCAGAAUUUAUAAGCUUCAUAACUUCUGAAGCAAGUGACCGAUGUCACAUGGAGAAACGCAAAACUAUCAAUGGAGAGGAUAUUUUAAUUGCUAUGACCAAUUUAGGAUUUGAUAACUAUGUAGAACCUUUGAAAUUAUACUUACAGAAAUACAGAGAGACUACCAAAGGUGAUAAAAACCUUAAUCCUGGCGAAUAUGAAGACGAAUCAUUUAGUAAGUUUCUUGGUGCAAAUUUUGAAUGAGCUCUGGGGUGGUUCUGAGACAUGGAAAUUGUUGUGAUGUCUAUGUUGCCGUUCCAUUUAUUUGCUGUACUUGUUCACAAACGGUGACUACUGAAAACGAUCAACCUCUCAACCUUCCCUUCACCAUUUGUAGUCCCAUACUUUUCUAUGUUCAUUUUUUCCCCCCCUGUACAAAUAUGCACAGUCGAUUCCCGUUAGUGCGAGUGCACUGGGACCACGGGCCGAAAACGUUAUAAUGGGGAAAUCGUUGUAUCCGAUAGCAUUAAUAAGCAAACUAAUGACAUGGGACGGCGGAAAAAAUCAUUUUAAUGUGAAAUUGUUGUAACUGGGGGUUGUACUAAGGAGUAUUGACUGUUCCUAUUUAAAUGCUAGUAAAUAUUUUCAAGACAUUGAAUUUUCUCGGUAAAUCACAUUUCUCAUGCUUCAAUAGCAUUUAUCAUGUUGUGAUAUUUCAAAUUCAUUGCAAAUCUACUACUGUACUUAAUGUGAAAGAUUUGAAUUCUUUAUUUUUAUUUAUGUUUGUCCCAUGCGCUACAUUAGUGAAUUUGAGAUUGUUCUUCGUCUUUCACUCUAGAAUGAGUUGAUUUUCCGGUGCUGUAUUUCAUCGAAGCAGCAUGAGUCAAGUUCCCUCUGUUUAAAAAAAAAAUGUAUGUAUAUAUAAUUAUUUUUUUUUCAAUAAGACUGUUAAAAUUUACAAAACGUUGGGCCUUUACCUUCUUCAGAUUGGGCAAGCGGCCAGCAUGCGGCAAGUUUACACUUUACGUUUUUCAUGUAUAAAUGUGACAGUGUUAUAGGAGCACUCUGUUUACAUUUGCGGGGAACUUUGUUUAAUCUUAGGCGUUGAACUGAAAUACUAAAUGUACCAUAAGUACUGGUGUUGUGGAGUUAUGAUUUAUUUAUUUUUAACGUUGUGAGCAAUUUAAAAUACUGUAGACCCUUAAAUUCCUAUAUUUUUCAUAAUUUAUUUUUAGGAAUUAAGAGAAAUUUAAGACCAUUACGGUCUCCCGUACCAUACUUCAAUAAGGUGCUGGAUGUACUUAACACUCUAACUUGAUUUAGUGUGUUUAUAAAAGGAUUGGGAUGUUUUUCUUCAUUGCAGAAUAAUUCAUUUUGUGUUCUAAAGUUAUUACCUCUUUGGAAUGAAGCAACUUUAUUAUGUCAAAAAGUCAAUAGUCCUGUACGGGACUGAAGUGGUCUACUGCUCUCACAAUUUCUAAGUGAAAGGCACAGGAAGGUUGAGUAGUACACAAAUACUUACGGUUCUAUAUCACAAUUAUAAAACCAAAUAUCAAAAAUUUUAAUAAAUAAAUGUACAAAUUAUAUUUAAAUGCAUAUUAAAAAAAAAAGAAAAGUCA